UAUUGUCGUACCACAAGAAUAUGGUAUAACAAUUGAAGAAAAAUUAAAUAUUGCACGUGGUAUUAUUACACCGUUAUUACGACAGAUUGGUACUGAUUUACAAGGAAAUUUAACUGGUUAUUGGGAAGAUGAAGAACACAUAUUUAAACUAGAUAGCAGGUUAGAAUAUUAA